GAGAGGGAGAGUGAGACCCCCGUCGAGGAACCGUAAAUAAAUUUAUUCCGUCGGUGGUGAUGUAAAAUGUCAGAUGCAAGUGAAAUUUACGUGUCGAAAAGCAUCAAUUUAGUGCUGAAAAGUUGAAAACAACGAUCUCAAAUAUGGACGAAUUUGUGGAAAACCUCCUGCGGAAGUGGAAUUUAGUGGAUUUAGUCGACCGUUUCCGAGAUGAAGAGGUCAACGAAGAAGCAUUUCUACUGCUCACCCCGGAAAUAAUCAAAGAACUGAUUCCAAAACUGGGCAGACGAGCCAUUUUUACCGCUCGGUUUAACGAGUUUAAGGAAAGUUUACAAGCCAGCGAAGAACCGCCAGUUCCGGUGGCCAGUGCUAGUGCUUCACCAACGCCACCAGUCGAGCCAAGAGCGCUUCCGCCGGCGCCGACAGAUUCCUUCCACGCCACCGAAGAUACGAAGGCUUCAUUAUCAGUAGACAAUGCCAAGCAAUUCGAAAAAUAUUUCCUCGAGCAGUUAUCUCCCCAUCCGUCAGUCCCGUCUGAAUGUGUUGCAGUUCCGACUCCGGCAGGGCCAUCCACCUCGGAAGUAGACUGUGAUGAUGAACCGUCGAACAAGCGCAUCAAGCUGGAAUCGCUGGAAGUCGAUGACUACGGCGACUCCAUUCUGUUGGAGGACAGUUCCCAGGAUUCGGAGUCGUUGAUGGUCGAAACCAGCUACAGCAUGAACAAAACGAUGGAAGAUCCUCUGGUACCUGGGGUGGAAAAGCUUCGUCUUCUGUUACAACAGUCGCCCUUCGCGCGCUACCUGCUCGGGCUCAACGAACUGGACAAGUCCAAUCGGACUGAUUUGACGAACGUGGUGGUGCAAUACAUGUAUUCAAAUCAGCAAUGUGACGGAGUACGAAGUCACAUGUUCAACUACUGGGCCGAUGCCAUUGUGUCCCUGUUCCCUAGCGAAAUCAAAGAAAACUACUUCUCCGCCAAGGAAGGCUGCACUAGUCGGCUGCAAGCACGGUAUUCUUACUUGUUGCGAGUAAGGAAAAACGAGUCAUCUCGGCAGCCUGGACCUUCUCAAUCGAGCAGCAGUAGAACUGUCGAGGAAAACGUUCUGCCCGAUGAGAGAUCCACUUUUGUGCAUCCCGGAGAACAACAGAUUGUGGAGGAACUUCGACAGAUAGUGUCUUCGUGUUUCGUUAUGCGUGAUACGUUGCAUGCGAAGACGUUGACACCCAAUCAGAGGAACAUACUGACGGCCAACAUUGUUAACUAUCUGAUGGACAAGAACGGAGGACCAAUCUCCCUCCAGGAGCUGGAGCUGUACGCCAAAGCCAUCGAGCACAUUUUCCCCAACGAAAACGCUUCGAUUUACUUCCGGCGGAAGGGUGCCUGCUCUCGUGUCAACGGAAAACUGUUCGACCGCUAUGGUUACAUGAAGCGCAAGCGUAGUUUAGCACAGGGAAAAGCGUACAGCGAUUUUCUGGACAGUAACACCCCCAUCGGAAGGUUGUGGGAAAUGAAAACCGUCGAGGAAGCCCGGGCCCUCUGGAACGAAACGUACAAAGCGCGGAAGGAGGUCUCGCGGAAGGUGGUGCCGGCAAAGCUGCUCGAACAGUUUCCGUUCCUGGCGCAACCCGAUGGGUACACUUUGUUUUUGGACGACUUUGACCAAGACCAUCCUCAUGCAAUCGACACAUUCAAGCGGCAUUGGCCUGAGUUUGCCGCGUCUAUUUACCGGUACAUCGAAGAAAAUAACUUUUUGAAAGGAUUCACGGAGUUCAACACAGAAGGCUCAUCGAAACCGGCAGACAACUACACGAUUGUGGAUAUAAUCGAGGGCGCCGAAACUCAUUUGUACUCUUUACCCUCCAAAUGGGUGCAUCGAAAUGGCUGGAAUCGUGACGGAAAGUCGGACGAAUCUGCUCAGAGCGAAAAAGAUACAGAUCUCUGCUAUUGGCCACGUAAUGCUGCUGGCUAUCGUUUGCUCGAACGAGGAAAGGAAGAUCCUAGCAUUGAGGUUAAUCGAGACUGCUUGAUUGAGUAUCGAUGCAAGAUCGCGAAAUCUGGUUUUACAACAUUCGAAGAGGCAUACCUAGAACAACAAAUGAUGGAGAUGGACAUCGCCCUAGAAAAGAACGAUCCUCGUCGAGAGUCACGAAACAGAUCUGUGUCAACUGACAAGCCCAGCAUUUCCAACAGAGACGAUAAAGAAAAAUCUCAACUGCUAGAAGCUGUCAACCUAGUCUCUCGAACUGUAAACGACGCGAGUGUUCAGGUAUCACUUCAGCCGACAGUUCUACAGAAGACGGUUGAUGAGCUUCAAGCUAAACUCGAAAGAAUCGAAGUCGAGUUCAAAGUUUUCAAAGCACAGAUAAGAGCAGAGCUUGCCUCGUCGCUGCAGGAAAAGACGACUCCAUCAGCACCAGAGAAAGCGCAAAAUCAUGUCCCGACGGUACCUCAGACAAUUCCACCAGCGCCAAUGGCUCCUGCUCCGGUAGUUCCGACAUCUUCAAUUCCCGUCGCUCCGGUGCAGCCAGUCAACAGAAUUACCACGCCAGGCCUGCCAAUGGAACGUCCGUUAACACCCGUCAAAAAUCUGGAAGAUUUGGAAGCACUGCAAGAACGAGCCCGCGAUGAGCAGUUCGUGGAGACUAUUGUGCACUCGUUGGGCAUUGUUCAUGGGCAGGGCCGAUCUGUUGGCAAUGGAUGGACCGUAAGCCUCCAAACCGUAGAUUACUUUUUCGACAGGCGGUUUUUACUGCGCUGCUCGUGGACCGGAAGUGGCCGUAACAGGGAAAAGGCCGGCGAACGAAUAAGUAAAAUAGCAUUCCACAAGUACGACAAAGUAAUCAAUUUGUUCUACCGUGUGAUUGUCUACUCGGAUCCGUUGUUCACGUUCAACGAUUGCAUGAAAUUCCUCCACCGCUGCAUAAGGAACGCCAAGGCUCGGGCGGCCGAUGUGAAAGGAAUGCGCUUGUCGGUGGCGCGUAACCGUAAGAAACGUAGCGAACGUAUUGCAGAAUUGAGCCAAAUACUACCCAUUGAUCCGGGCCAAAUGGAACAUCCGGAAGAGUAUUACUAUCAAGUGGAACCACUGGUCAAAGACGAGUAUGUCGACGAAAGUGUCGACAAUCAAUUCGAUGUUCUGUAGAUAGUU